GAUUCGCGUCUCCUUCACAUUUCUAGCUAAUUACCUACACAACCCUUUCAAUAUUCACCACCUUCAAAGACUUGCGCAUUCAUUUUCAACUACUACAAGUCAAAUUCGUCGCCUGUUUCGUAAUUUUCUCCCUCUCAAUUGAGUUUCGAAACUGCCAGAAAAAGCUCAUAACCUAUUUGCGCAUAUUUAAAGCUCAGUCGCAACAAUGCCUCCUCAAAUUAGCGACGACGAGCGUUCCGUUUCCGAUGUUAGCGAACAAGAAUUUGAGAAGUCAGCCAAGGGAAAAGGAAAGAAACAGGAGUCAGAGCCUGCAGAAGAGUUAAAAGUCGAGUCAGAUGAAGAAGGCGAGGAGGAACAAGCAGAAGAUGAAUAUGUUGUUGAAAAGAUUUUGAAGCAUUCUUUUGACGAGGAAGGCGUCUUGAGGUUCCAGGUGAAAUGGGAAGGUUAUGAAAAGAAGUCAGAUAUGACAUGGGAGCCGGAAGAGAAUUUGGAAACUGCACAAGACAUUCUGAACAUGUAUCUCGAGACGGUUGGUGGUAAAGAAGAACUGAUAGAACAAUACAACAAAAAGAGAGCAGAGGCGGCAGAAGCAGCGGAAAAGAAGCAAACAAAGAAGCGUGGUCGUCCAAGCGCUGGCGUUAGUACCCCUCAAUCCAACGGAAAGAGGUCAAGAAAGAAUGGCCACCCCGCCUCAUCGACGCCGCCUGCAUCCCGAGAAGCGGUUCAGUUUAAACCACCACAAGGAAGUUGGGAAGAUGAAGUUGUUACGAUUGAAGCUAUGGAAGGACCUAACGCGGAAGUUAUUGUAUACUUGACAUGGAAGGGCGGAGCCAAGUCACAACACCCAUUACAUCAAGUAUACAAACGUUGCCCACAGAAGAUGCUCAGUUUCUACGAAAGACAUUUGGUUUUCAAAAAGACAGAGGAGGAAUCAUAAACUGGCCAUUCCAUAUUUGAAAACAAGCAAGGAAACUGGUUUUCGCAGAUUUCACAUUUUCCAGCCGAUCAACCUGGUUAUUCAUCUCCGAUUUUGUGUGGCAUCUCCACGCAAUCAACCUACCCUAGGCAUCCGCAAAAUUUCCGUAUCCUCAAAGCAUUUUCUUCCUGAAAACCCCCCAAGAAAUGGAGACCACGUCCAAAUAAGCCAUCUGUUCUCUACUUCAUAAUUUUUCUUUGAUUGGCACCUAAUGUGCACACGUGAUGGGAUUCUGCAUACUCAAACGUCAUUUCUGCAUUUAUCAUGGUUGUGGCUUGCAUUUACAUGUACCUUUUAGCAGGAGUUUGUGAUCAUGCUCGUCAGUAGCGUGGCUUCAGGUUACUCGAAUGAUACCGGAGGUGACCUUUGCACCUCUUUUGGCUUACGUCAUUUGACUUGGGUCACCACACUGUUAAUAGCACCGUUUGUAUUUUUAGAGAGCAAAAGAGAAUAAAUACGUGAUUCA